UUUUAGAGUUCUAUUUUGAACCGCACGAGAUUGUUCUAUACUAUCAACUCCCAACAAUAAUCUAAGAUGCCUAAGACAAAAGGAUUGAUGGAGCGGAUCAGGGAUGGGGAAACAGUCGUUUGUGCUGAGGGGUAUAUAUUUGCCUUUGAGCGUCUUGGAUACCUGAAAGCUGGGCCGUUCACCCCUGAAGUUGUAGUGGAUCAUCCCGAGUUGGUACGUCAGAUGUACAAGGACUUCGUGCGCGCAGGAAGUGACGUCGUCCAAGCCUUUACGUAUUACGGUCAUCGUAACAAGUUCAAACUGGUUGGCCGUGAAGAUGAGCUCGAGAAGCAGAAUCGCCUCGCCCUCAAGAUGGCGAGAGAGGUUGCCGAUGACACAGGGACGUUGAUGUGUGGUGAUCUUAGUAACACGUGGGUCUACCAACCUGGUAACGAAGAGGCCAUUGCAGAGACUAAAUCCAUGUUCAAGGAACAAGUCGAAUGGGCGGUAGACGAAGGGGCCGAUUUUAUAGUGGCCGAGACCAUUGGUCAUCUGGGGGAAGCUUUGCUCGCCACUGAAGCUAUCAAGCAGUAUGGAAAAGGUGUUCCAGCGGUGAUAACCUUCGCAUCUCAUUACACUCAGAAGCAGGAUGACGGUGGGCAGACCACUGCCGAUGGUGUCGAGGUCAACGAAGCUCUUCGUAAACUGGUUGCUGCAGGAGCUGAUGUCGUAGGAUUCAACUGCACUCUUGGACCAGUGUCGAUGAUACCAUACUUGGAGAGAGCUGUGGAGGCUAACAUUGGGGCUCCUUUAGCUGCAGUACCAGUGCCUUACAGGACGACCCUCAAAGAACCCACCUUCACAACCAUUCUUGAUCCGUGGACAGGUAAGCGAGCCUUCCCCGACAACCUCGACUGUCUCUUAUGCUCUCGUGAAGACGUCGUCAAGUUCACCCAACAAUGUGUCAAGCUGAAAAUACCCUACAUCGGGCUCUGUUGCGGCAACGCCCCACACUACACCAGGACCAUGGCUGAAACCCUUGGUAGGGUCACCGAGGCGUCCAAGUACUCACCAGACAUGUCCGUACAUGGGAUCUAUGGAACGGAUGACCGGAAGGUCAAUACUUACUAUACCAAAGAACUAGCUAAUGCAAAAUAAGUAUGACCUUUAACAGGAUGUGAUUGAUGGGUCACACCAAUGAAAUCGACUCCAAACCGACCGAUUGAUAUGUACUUGGUAAUAAUGUUUGGUCGGUCUGGAGUCAGCUUUUACCGAUGUGGUUUAUCAUGACGACUUUCUUUCCAAUCAAUAAGGAUGAUGAUGGACUGGAAUUGAAAAAAGGAAGUAUGAAUAUAAUCUAUGAUUAUGUAUUCUGAAGCAUUACGGUAAGGAACAGUAACAUCAUAUACUUUGAUGAACGUAGUAUAUGGUAAUGGCUUGAUUCUACAAAAUCAUUUGCAAACAUUCGUUCAAUAAGAGGCAGGAGAAAUAAAGCUAAACUGGAAUAUCCUCACAU